CUUGUCCGUCUGGCCAACCCGAUUUACAAGCGCUUUGUGAUAACCUAUCUAAAUGCGGAGGAUCAAAUGGAUCAAAAUCUAAUCGAUGCAUUAACACUGUACGGAUUUCGAUAUCCUUGGCCGGCUCAAUUCGACGUUCGUGACUUAGAACCUAAUUUGCGUUUUGAACGGAAAUCAAUUCCUCCUAGAUGCAAAGAGCCUACCCUUUUGUCUCCGAUUCUUUGGCUUCUAGCAAAUUCAAUAGGAGUUCGUAUGAUUUACCCGGGAUGUUUGGGAGUUUUCAAUUCUAUGACUAUGGAACCAAGAAUGAAAUCACUGGAGAUUAUGCGAAACUCUUUCAGUGUUAGACGAGUAGGACUAAUCACACGAGAGGGUCUAUUUGUGGAAUCAUUCUAUAUUGAUCGGCGAAAUGACGACACGGAAACGGGCAAUAUUUUGGUUAUCUGUUGUGAAGGGAACACUAGUUACUCAGAGAUUGGAAUCGUUUCGGUACCUUUGAAUGAGGGCUACUCGGUUCUUGCUUGGAAUCACCCAGGCUUCGGCAGCUCUAUGCGACUGGGUCGGUUGACCUCUCAAAGUGUAUUAAGCGGACGCUCUGGUCAACCAAGAGCCAGUCAGGUGGUUACAGUGCAGCAGGUUACUGCAGCACGUCGUCAUUUGCCGCUACGUCUUUGCAGUCCAACCGCGCCUUCUUCUUCUUCUUCUUCUUCUUCUCUUUGCUCUUCUUUACGGUUUCAACGAGCUUCUACUGUUUUUGUUUAUGUCGAUUUGUUCAUAAUGUCUAGGAAAAUGGGGAAAGAAAUGCAACUUCUCAUGGGUAUGCCCUUUCCGGAACAAGAGCAGAAUGCAAUUGAGGCGGUCGUUCUCUUUGCUCUUCACCAGCUACACUUUGAGCCUGAAGAUAUUCGUCUAUUUGGUUGGUCUAUUGGUGGUUUCACUGCUACCUGGGCUGCAAUGCAUUUACCCCGUGUCGGGGGAUUGAUUUUGGAUGCUACAUUCGAUACGCUAGAUGAUUUGAGCAGAGGCACUGUGCCAAUCUUUGGUGAAACGAUUCCAGUGGCAGUUGUCCAGCGUUACUUUGAUCUAAACAACGCCGAAUUGAUCACCAGGUAUCCGGGACCGAUCCGUCUAAUUCGGCGAAGUAACGAUGAAGUCAUCACCACUGAUCCUGACAAUGCAUUGGAUUCAAAUCGUGGGAAUUUCCUUGCUUUGAGCCUGUUAAAAUACAGGUUCCCACAUCUAUUUAAUCCCGACACGGAGCCGUUGCUGUGGUCUUAUUUGACAAUGACCAGCUCCCAGCAGAAAUCCUAUCGCGAGCACAAUGGAAUUGUUGGUGAGACAAUGCUACCCAUCCUACAACGUGAAUUCCGUAAGGAGAUGUUGAACUUCGCUUGCGACGAUGAUGAUGAUGACUACGGAGGUCUCUCCAUGGAAGUUCGUCGUUCGGUUCCAUUCCCCUCUCAUUUGGGUGAAAAAGGCAUUAGCGACGCGAUGAAACGCUCCCUUCUUAUCUAUUUGGCUAGCAGAUACUUUGUAGAAGCUCCGGGUAGUCAUUGUUCCCCGUUGGAAGAACGUUACUUCCGAGAACCUUGGUCAGAGUCUCUCGUUCUUUCGCGUUCACAUACUGUGAGUCUGACUUUGGAGAGUGAGGAAGAUACCUCGAGUGAAAGAGAGGAGGAAGAUGGCAAUGGUUGGGAAAAGGUCGCAUGA